AUGGGUUGGGCCGUGAACAAAGAUCUGUUAUGCUUUCUACUUUUAAAUGUUGUUAUUUCCAAUGUAGCAGCCCAGGUUUUUAGUUGUGGCGGAUUUGUAAAAUCUGCGGUCCCCAUAGAUUUUUCCAAAUUGAAGGUUUGUUGAUUUAUCUAACGGGUUUCAUUCUGUUUUCAGGUGAAAUUAUUAACACCGGAAGGCCAUCUGAAACACGAAGAAGAGUUGAAUCCUCAAAAUGGAUAUUUUAUGAUUCCUGUCUACAACAAGGGACAGUAUUCACUGCGAGUCGCGUCUCCAGAAGGAUAUUAUUUUGGUAAAUUUGUUGAUUCACAAAAAAUAUUACAUACAUUUGCAGAUCCUGAAAUAUUCUCGUUCAAGUUGGACGGGGAAACGGAUCCGUGCACCAAGAACAAGGAUAUCAUUUUCAAUUUGAAAUGUAAAUUAUAUUUUUUGAAUAAUAAACUAUUAAGAUAUUUUUUCAGCGUUUUCCGUGAGUGGAGUCGUCGAUGGAGCCGUAGCAGGACUUCCGUUGGUUUUGACGAAAAACGGAGAAAAAGUUGACACAACGCUGACGGAAGAAGGCGGAAAGUACAAGAUGAAGGCUCCGCCAGGUUCCUGGAUUUGACUAUAGAAUUUAUUUCAAUCCAUAUUUUAAGGCAAGUACGAAGUUUCCACCGGUCCGGGAGCCUCCAAAUGCAUCUCCAGGGGAAAAUCGACAGUUGAAGUUGGAAAAGAAAUAAAUAAAAGAUGAUUUCCGAGUUUCUAGGUUUCAAACGGACCAGUCGUCGUUCUUCCGAACCUGAAAAUCUCCGGCCAUCAAUUGUCGGUCAGUGUCACCAAAGGAGCGACCGGCGUUGAGGGAAUCCCCAUCACACUUUAUUCUUCGUCUCAAAUCGAGGUGACAAAUUCAAGCCUUAAUGAAAAUUGUGUGUUGAUGCUGUUUUUAAUAAGAUUGAUAACAGCCAUCUCAUGUCGUGUUUCAAAGGGAUUUCGCGGAAAUCAAAGUUGUCUCUGACUCUCCAAAAAUUAUUAGUCUUUUUCACUCUCUGACAGUUAUCGAACAGUUUUAUCACGGCUUAGCAUAGUUUCAAGGAAAUACUAGCGAUUUUCAAGGCUUAAAAAAUUAUAUACAUUUUUGACGUCAGAUUCACGAGUAAAAACACUGUGGAUUACUUUUUCGGUUUUCAGAUUUUUUUUUACUUAUUUUUCGAGCUCUCGAGAUCUUUUUUUGAUAUGAUUUUCCAGCUUUUGAUGAAUUAAUAUUGACAUUGAACCUUCAUUUUUCAAAAAUUAGAAAAUUGUGCAGGUUGAGUCAGCAUCUUGAACUUCAGCAUCUUGAUCCAUGUAUGCUUGGAGUAUUCUAGCCGAAUUCAGUAAUUUAUCAAACAGGAAAAUGACAUCUCUUGUAGAAAAGCUAACAAAGAUUUGUGAAAUAACUUGCCGAAAGCCGAAAUUGAUAAAAAAAAAAUCUUAGAGGGAAUAUUUCCAAUUAUCAGGAUUGUUUCAGUCCCCCACCUGCAAGAAACUCUUCUUCUUUUUUUUCGCCAAUAUUUAGAAAUUUUUGACAACACAGUAUAAUGAUCUUCCUUGUAAGAAAGCUAAAAAAAAGUUUUUUUGUAAAAAAAUUGUUUUCCAAGAACUAAAUUUGAUAAAGAUUUGAAAGAAUAAAGAUACAAGUACAAUUUUCCUUCGAUUAUCACGAUAAUUUCAGUUCCCCAACUGCAAGAAGCUCUCCUCUAGAGACAAAGAUGCUCCAACCGGGGCUCAAUUCGAAUGUUCUCUCGGAAAAACCGGGAAAGACGGAAAAAUCGAGAUUUCCUGCUUCCCGUCAGGAAAAUAUCAAAUCCGACCUCAUUCGAAAUCCGCCGACACGUGGCUCUCUUUCUCUCCCGCUCUUCAAACUAUUGACCUCCAAAAUAAUAACGGAAAGGUUUUUCAUUAUUUUUUAGGAACAUUUCAACAAAAGAAAACAUUCUUAGGUUGAAUUCGAAGUAUCUUCCUUGGGAAUCCGCGGAAAAAUCGCUGUUGGGGCUAAAGGUUUGGCGGAUACGGAGGUUCUUUUGAACGGGAAGAAAAAUCACGACAACCGACGUCAAUGGAAACUACGUCCUGGAGAACUUGAAGGUUUGUAGUGCGGUUUUGAAACAUUGAAAUCGGCUAAACUAUUCAAAAAAAUAGAUUUAAAAAAAUAAACUUCAAAAAAAAGAGUUUUUUUCUGAUAAAAAGGAACAGAUAAUUUUUGAAUUUCAGAGAGAAUUUGAAAAAUUGAGAAGAUGAUUAAAUUUUUUUGAUUUUUUUGUCGAGGAAUACUGAAAUAUUCUAAGAAUUGGAUCCACUGACAUGUUCAUGAUUGAAUUUUACGGAAAAAAACAAUUUCAUUUUUUUAGAAUUUCCGAAACAGAAAUCUGAGUUUCAUCUAAUUAUUACACGAAUUUUUUUAGUUCAAAGGGCAAUUCAUCAUCAAAAAAAUAUCAAAUUAAUUUUUUUGUUUUUCAGUUUGAGUUCUGUUAUUGAAAGAAAGUAAAAAAAUAAAUUUUUUUCUCCCUGUUUUUUGAGUUUAUGUAUUUGCCUUGAUUUUUUUCCAAAUUUUUUUAAACCUAGUUUUUUUCGAAAAAAAUAUGAGGGUUUUAAAUUUUUAAAACUUUUUUAAAAAAAUUAAAGAUCUCAACGACCACAGAAAAAAAUAGGCAAGUUGAGUUUUUGUAUUCAUUUUAUAAAAUCCAAAAAUGGUAGACCUCUUUUUGAAAUUAUGAGGUUUCAUUUUUCCAGUUCAAAGCUCCUUUUUCAUUCUCAGUUUACAGGAAGGAAAGAUCGAACUUUCCGCCAAAGCUCCGAAUACCGUUUUCGAAUCGAAAUCCGUGAAUAUCAACUUCAAAAAUCCUUCUCUUCCUGUCGUCUCCGUUCAAAAGUAAUCUUUCACCAGUGUUCCCCAGAAAAUCUGCGUUUUUGAGGUUCGAAGUGUGUGGAAGCGUUGAGAAUGACGGCAGCAACAAUGAGUUGGUCAUGAAAAAAGACGGCGAAACUAUUUCCAUCCGACCUGAUUCCAACGGGAAAUUCUGCGAGGCUGUCGAGCCUGGGUUCUACACCAUUACGGUUUCAAAUCUUUCAAAAAUAGUCGCUGGUUCGAAUUAAAGUCAGUUCUCGGAACAGCUUCCCAAUAUCUGUGUCUCUCUGAUCCCUCACCGGCGAGGUCAGAGAAACUUGAAAAUAGCAUGUUGAAAUGAGAGGGUCGACGAGAGAAGAGACGGGCGCAGAGAAGUCCGAAAAACGGACUGUUUACGAUUUUUUCAUAUCGCUAGGGAACUUUCCAACUUUUUUCAUCAGUUAGUUCCUCGCUAUCAAUAUCCUUAUAAAAAAAUUAGAAAUUUUUAAUAAGAAUACAAAAGAAACAGGGAAGUCAGGAAAGUCGCAAAGCUUCCUCGGAAAGUUGAGAAAAUCAGAAAAUUCGCAGAUAUUUUAUUUGUACCACAAAUAAUCAAUAAACUGAUCUACUAGAUUCUGCCAAGGUGAAUUUUCAACCACUUUCAAUUCAGCCAAAAUGUUGACAUUUUUAUUUUGAAGGAAAUGUUGACCAAAAAUUGGUCGAAAGAUUAUUUCUGCAGACUCUAGUAUGCACAGUACCUUCAGAAAAGAUACGAAAAAGUUUUUGCUCACAAACUCCUUGUAUGGAGAUCAAUUUUUUUGAAAUUUACCUUUUUUCUGCCAACUGAAAGCCAACCAGAGUCUUAAUAAUAACAGUCCAGUCACCACAACUACAGGAAGUUUCAGAUAGAUCAAACUCCAUACAAGAAAGCAAACCUUUUUUUAUAUACGUAAUUGUAUUUAAAGCCGGCCGACGCUGGCUCUUCCCUGACGCCUCGAUCUCUUGGAAUCGACGUUUCUGAGAAGCCCGUCACCGGAAUCCGGUUCACCAACUUCAAAACUGAUGCCGAAGUUCGAGUCUCUUGCAUUGGUUUGGAUAGAAAAACAGUUCAAAUUUUAAAAAAAGGUUUUCCAGGCGCUUGCCCAACGGCAACAGUUGUCCUGUCUUUAAACGGAAACGAUGUCCGGAAGUCUGAAGGAACCGACGUCUUCACCUUCGAGGGAAUCGGCCCUGGAUCUUAUAAAGGUUCUUAAGUAGUCCUAAAAGGACAAAAUUAGGACCCUUCAAGGUUCUCUCUAGGAACCACCUUAUCUCCCCUACAUGGGGCUCUAAAACUUUUAAAACGACUUUUUUAGGGGUUUUAAAAAGUGACCCCUAUAGGGGAGCAAGAUAGUCGUCUUCUAGUGGACCCGAUACGUCUUUUUGACUUACAAGUCUUGAAAAAAAAAAUCUAAAGAUCACUUUAGGGGCUACUUAAGCUUCAGGACACAGUCUCUAAUCCCAUCCAGACGCCACCUGAAUUUUAGCCCUCUAGGGAGCAUUAUUUUGAGCACUUUUGGGAUUUCCUUUUUUCCUAACCUCACUAGGGACCACUUUAGCGUUUCUGAAUUGGUUCUAAAAAGUUUCCAUCACUUUUGGAAAUUUUAUUAAUAAGUUAACAAGGAAAAGUGGUUUUGUUUGCUCGGUCAUUCGAACUUCAAAAAAGUAUUAUAAAGGAAAAGAAAUUGUCAGAAAAGCACCUGACCUGAAAAAAAUUGCAUUUAUUGGACUCUGAAUUACAGAAAAUUUUUGAAAAAAAUCUGUUUUAUAAAGAAAUUAAUUUUUAUUCAAAAAGUGAAAUAAAGUCAGACAAAGAAAGAGUUUGGAUUCCUAAAAUGAGACGCGACUGCUUAAAAAAAGUUCGAAACAAAAAAAUUCAUUUUUUUAUUUGAACAUUCAGUUUCAGAAAUUUUUUUAUGAAGAAUGAAAAAAAAAUUCGAACAAUUAAUCUUUCAUAACUUUUUUUGUUCAAAGUAAAAAAAUCCUUCAAAAGAAAUUGUUUUUUUAUGGAAGUAAUUGAUAAAGGAAGAAUACGAAGGCUCUUUGAUCAUUUUAUCGUUUUCCAGCCCGGAUCGAUGAUGGCGGACGGGGAUGCUGGCAGAAAAAGGAAGUUGACCUAAUCGUCGAACGACAGAGACCUGCUCCAGCUCAACUCGUUCAAAAUGGCUUCUCCACUCGGCUUUUCAUCUCACACGAUGCCAAACUUGUGAGAAUAAUUUUGGAUUGUAAAGAAAAAGUUUAGAAAAAAAAAACUUGAUCAUAAUUUUGGGCUUUUAAAGAAGAUGAUUCAAACGAAGGUACUAAGAGAAAGUCGUCCAAGAUCUUUUUUGAGAUAAUAGGAAAAUUUUUAUCGAAUUUUUAGCAAUGUUUCCGGAAAAUUUUGGCUUUUUUUCACUUUUCACCACGAAGUUCCAUAAAGAUCCGCGCUCGUAAAAGGUCUCUUUCCAUAAACUCUUUCUUAAGGGUUUUUCGAGAACCCGUCAGAGAAAAUAUAGAUAAAAUUAUUGAUUUCUAUCUUCUGUAAAAAAAUUUAGAUAUUGAUGAUUCAAAAAAAGCGCCAGAAAGACCUUUCAACGGCUUCUUCCCGUAAGCCAAAUUUUUAGAAUUUUCGAAGAGUUCUUUAUAAAAAGGGUGAAAAAAAUCACAAUCUUCAUCUGACGAAAAAGAUAAUUAAGAAAUUUAGACCUGGACCCAUUCGGAAAAGAAACAAAUCCGAGGAGAAUUGGCCGCGAAGGGCGGCGAGGUCCAACUCUGCCUGCCGGCCCAAGCUCGAUACCAGAUUUCUCUCGACUCUUGCUUCACUUUCGAAAAACAGCAGUUCGAAAUCAGCGGUUAGACCGUUAAUGCUCUCUUCUUCAAUUAAAUUCGUUUUCAGUUCCAACGGACUCUGUCAUUGAAAAGAAGGCCGUCGCCGCCAGAAUCAGUGGACAUGUGAAGAGCAGCGAAAAACCCAGCAUGACUGUCAAGAUUCGGUUGGUCUAAAAGCGGGGAAGACUUGGAAAAAAUAAAAGUUGCUUACUAGGUUAUUGAUUCAGAGUUUGUUUUUGAUAUUUUGAGAAGAUUUUUUUCAAAAGAUCCAGGAAUUUGAAGCUAUUGUUAUUUAGAGAAUUGAUGCAAUAUGUUCACAUUAAUUAUUCACCUUUCGGUCCUUGAUCGGAGAAAGAAGAUUGUGUCCAUUUUGAUUGGAUAUGUGGGAGUCAGGAAUGCACGAGACGGAAAAAACUUUCAAAAAAAUAAAUAAUUGUGUCUUGAAAAACACUGGGAAACGGCUAAAAAGAAAAAUUGCGGGGAAACGAAUGUUCUUUGAGAGAUAGGAUAAAAAAUUAAACUGGAUGGAUAUUGAAAAAAAAACGUUCACAGUGGGCCGAAAUGCCAUAUUUUCAUCUUUUCAGCGUACAAAAUUUAUUUUUUUUUAUCUUGAAUUUUCUCGAGACGAGAUAAGAUUUUAACAUUUUCCCGAGACGAGGUAUUGCCCAGAAAGGUCUUGAAAAAUCGGUGGUAUGAAAAUUAGACCAGCUAAAAUUUGAACGGCGACGAUUCCGAUUUUUUCAUAUCGCUAGGGAACUUUCCGACUGCGAAAUUUCAGAUUAUUUCUUUUCCGACUUUUUUUUCUUGAUAAUUUCUUCGUUUUGAAGCUUCCUAUAUAAAAUAGGUACAUAUUGAAACAUAAAGAAAAAGAGAAACUGUAUUAAUAAAUCUUUUAUAAACCGAAAAUAAAAUGGAAAAAAUUGGAAAGGGGUAGUCGGAAACAUCGCCGUCGGAGAACCCAUAAGCUGUAUGAAAAAAUCGGAAAAUUCCAAAAAAUUCGCUGGUUUCUUUUUUCCUACCUCCGAAAAAUAUCGAGACAAUGUCGUCUCAUGUAUCUCUGAUAAAAGUGGUUCUGAUCCAUUGAUCCUUUUUUAUUUCGAUUGCCCUAUUAUCUCAUGGAAGUUGGAAUCUUCUCAGAUCCAGCGCCGGAGAGCGAGAAGUGACGGUGAAGAACGGCGUUUACUCCUUCGACGAGCCCCUUUCGAGCUCCGGCGACGAGUUGCUGAUGGUGCCGACGUCGCAGACGCACCUCUUCGAGCCGGCCUCCUCCCGGGUCAUCUUCGACGGCAAGUGCCACGACAACAUUGUCACCUUCGCCGCCGUGAAGGGCAUCUUCGUCGAUGGAACCAUCCAGCCGCCAGUUGCCAAUGUCAAUGUCGGUCUGAUCUUCCUGGAUCCGCUACAAAGAGACUUUUCCAGGUGAAAGUCACCAAGAAAUCCGAUCCCAACGUCGUUUUCAAUGUCGUUUCCGACGCCAAGGGCAAGUAUAGGUAAAUUUUGAUUUCUUGGACUCGCUUUUUAAUUUUAUUUCAAGUAUUACCCAAAAAAAACAAGAAAAUCUGUCAUUUAUUUAUGAAUCAAAUAGAGUAAAAGGGCUAAUCCAUGCGUCUUUCUUAAAGUAUCAACAAAAAACUUGUUUAAAUUUCAAAAUUUCAAUUGAUUCCUAAAUUUUCAAUGAGAGUUAUCAUCAAUGGAGGUUUUUUUAAUUCUAAAAUCUUUAGACUUGUAGAGAAUUAAUUUUCUUUUUCUCUGGUUUCUCCAGUUGAGUGGUAAUUUUUUCUAGUUCUACAAAGUUUUUUUUUUCUUGGAUUGAUCAUUUAUAGGUUGAAAUCGAUCUCUAACUUUCAAAAAAGAAUAAUUGGACCCCAGAUUUUGUGACUCAAUUAAUUUUUUAAAAAUCGGAUUUUUAAUCACUUUGCUUUUCAGAUUUGGACCCGUAAAAGAUGCCAACGAAUACAAGAUCGAGGCCUCCUUGGACGGCUAUAAAUUCAAUGCAAAUCCGAAGAAACACGGCGCUUUCGACAGUGUCAAGCUGAGCCAGCUCUCCAUCUCUGUUGUACGUUUCAAGGGAUUCUCAAAAAGGGAUAAUAGAUUAAAAAAAUGUUUGAUUUGGUUUGGAACGCGUAACUUUCGAAGGCGAAAUUGAAAAUCCGGGAAUCAUGAAAAUAGGUUCCUGGAACGUUAUAUCGCGAUAUGUAAAUUUUACGACAACUUUUGAGAAAUAAUAAAAAAAAAAUAAAAUUAAGCCCUUAAGUAAGCAGAAAAGUAGAAAUAAGCCCUUAAUAAGAGCUUCCGCAUAAAAAUUGAUUCUCCAGCAUUUUUCAGCCCUGUGUUCAGAACCUCGUCAGAACUUCGCAAAAAGCAAAAAAAAAAAAUGAAAAAAAUGGGGUUUUAGGUCGAUGAGAAGACGAAAAAGCCAUUGGAAGACGUCCUUCUUUCCUUGGUUGGAAGCGGAGAUUAUAGAAGCAAUAAUAUGCUGGAUUCUACUGCUCAGAUCAACUUUGUUGGAUUGGUUAGAGUUAUAGGAAAACUGAGAAGUAUUCAUUUUUCCUAGGCCCCUGGAGAUUAUUAUGUCCGGGCAAUCCUUCAAGAGUACAAGUUUUUGCCGACGACUACUACCAUCAAAAUGCAAGAAGGAAAACACGAAACGAUCGUUUUGGAAGGCAGAAGAGUCUCUUACAGGUAAGAUAGAAGUCGGGGGAGUUCAAUAAAUAGAAAAUUGAAUCCGUGGAACUUAUAAAUAUCUGAUUCUCAAUUAAUCAAUUUUUCCAGUACUUUCGGAAAAAUCCGCGAGAUGUCCGGCACGCCAGUGCAAGGCGUCGUCGUCGAAGCCCUCUCUGAAAAGUGUGAUCAACACCAGUCCGAGGCGACGUCGGGCCCUCAAGGAACCUUCAGAAUCCGCGGACUUUUGCCCAAUUGCCUCUACAAAAUCUAUGCUAAAUGUGUGUCUUCUCCUGAGUUUCUGUCCUAUUUCUUUCGUUUUCCAGCCAUGUCCGACGGAUCUUCGGCUCCUCACAGCUUCCCGUCUCAUUUCAACGUUGAUAUGACUGCUGGUUGGAGAUCCUCAAAGAGUUUUUGUACUAUUUCUUUCUAGAUGACGUCAAAAAACUUGAUUUCAUCGCGACCGCCCUCGACCAGACUACGGAUGUUGCCGUUGAGGUGAAUAAAUUUAAAACGAUAGAAAAAAAUAAAGUGAAAUGUAUGGAAUCAAGUUAAAACAUUACUCGAAAAAGCUUCAUAACAAUACAAAUUUUUUUCAUUUUUAGGCUUUUUAUCAAAUUCCUGUUCCAGAGUUUUUAUUUACUCUCGAGUCUUUCUUUAUUUGACUUUUAUUGGUAAUUUUUUUUACUUUCCGAAUAUUGUUUUUUCAGCUAAAACGGGUUUAAAAUUCAAUAAGGGACCAGCAUUUCUCAUGUUGAUCUUUAGAUUUACGAACUUGAAAAAAAACUGCAUUAUCAAUUUUCUGUGAGCUAAAAACCAUGCUAAUGCCGCUAAAUUGAGAAAAGUAAUAUUGACGUCGAAGUUUAACGUUUCCCACUCUAUAUGGUUCGAAAUAAAGAUACGAAAAAAAAAGUUUAAUUAAGAACAAUUUUUUUAUACUGUUUCGAGUCCACAUUUUAUACGGACGGUCAACGCGAAAGUUCGAUAUUAUCUCGUUAAUAUUUAAUUGAAAACGCAAAAAUCAGAAAAAUAUAUUCCUGGCAGGGGCGUUAUACUUUUGGACUCAGAAAACAAAAAAAUUAAUCUUAUCUUAGUUUUUGGUUUUUUUAUAAAUGACUUUUUCUCUUCCGCAGAUUUUUGUUGAAAUUUUUGUUUUUAAAAAAAUGAUUUUUGUGAGAUGACCAAAGUUAAAAUUGAAGUCAAAAAGCUGGGAGAAAAAGUUUUUGAAAUUUUAUUAUCAAAAAAUGCCAAUUAUUCUCGAGAAGUUUCGUGUUUCAGAUAUAAUUCGAUAAUAAAAAUUUGUUUUAUUGUUUUGAUUCUGCUAGAUUAGAAAAAAAAGUUACAGAUCGACAUGUCAGCCCUGCGAGACAUCCAAUCGGUGAAAUUGAGCGUUUCCAAAGGACACGAGCAUCUGCGGACCUCUGUCCUUCAACACCCGGUUCACCUCUUCUACAUCUCCCAAAUCGAGAGAGACGGCUCUGAAUACAGCGUCCGCGUCGAGCCUGACCGACCCCCGCAGGCCUUCCCCGCCAAAACUGGUAGGAUUAUAAUGAUUUUCCAGUGUCCUACCGGACCAUGAACGUGAAAAAGUAGGCAGACUUUAGAGGGACUUCGAAAAGUAUCAUAAAAUUAAAAAUAAAACGCGGUCUUUUUGAAUUAACGGCUAAGCUUCACAUAACUAGUUCAUUGUAAAGAUUUUUUCUUAUUCUCUAGAUUUUUUUUCGAGGUAACGAGGCUUGGGAUUUCAGUGAUCUUUUUAUUGGAAAAGUAGAAGAAGGUCAAAAUUUGGACAAAGAGAAUCAGGCAGGCUUUAGAAAAACUUUGAAAGACGUCAUAAAUGAAAGGAAAAAGCGCUCUUUUCAAAGUAACAUGAACGGCUGUGAUUCAUAUUUUCAGAGAUAAUUGAACCUUGAUAUAUAUUUAAAAUGAAUUCCGUUAAUAAAACUACAUAAAAGCAUUCUAACGAAAAUAAGCUGAAUAUAAAAAACUUUGAAAUAGUAUAGAUCUUUUUUUGGGGCAACGAGACUUGUGAUCGCAGUGACUUUUUUGAAAAAGAAAACCAUAAAACCAUAUGGAUCAAAAUAGAAGAUCUGCACUGAUAAGAAGGCCAGAUUCAAACUACCAAUAAUAUAUUAGUCCAGUUUUUUUCUAGUCUCAUUAAGAAAUAUAUUUCAUGUUCAGACUUCCUGGUCAGAUUUUCAUGAAAUCGGUUGCUAGUAUAUCAUAGAGUGAAAUUUGUGGAUCUCAACUUUUUUAGGCGACUUUGAGCUUCUAUGUAUGAAAAUUGUGUACUUUUCCGUUUCAUUGGACUCUCAAGAAGAGAAACAAAAUCUUUUAGAUAUUGAAAGUUAACUUAAGUCAUAGAAAGACGAGUUUUGAUAAUAGUAUUCAUUUUUUUGUUGUGUAAGCGUAUGAUCAACUCCUUCAGUUCAAACCAAAAAAAAAUUAUUCAACUUUAAAGUGUUCUUCUCCGCCGACGCCCCAGUCCGAGUCGUCCGAGUUCCCUUGACGUCCUCCCGGAAAGCCGGAGAAAUCGAGAUCAGUCUGAGCAAUUUCUUGGCUCUUCCGUUCUUCGUUCUAUUGCUCCUUGCCUUCUUCAACAAGGUAUAUUUUCCUAUUUUGAUUUUCUAACUCCAGAUUUUCUUCAGAAUCGAACUCUGGAACUUCUCCAAUCUCUGCAAGAAUUCUUCAUCCAAAACACUCAAAACGCUGCUCAAAAAGAAACGGAAAUAGGCAAAAAAAGAAACGAGUUUUAA